ACAGUGACGUACAGGUCCAGUGUUAACGUGGACGGUUAUACUACCUGGUAUUAUACAAAGACACUUUGAAACAGAACGGAACGGUACCAUUUCGUCAAAGAGAAAAAUAUCACAAGUGGGUAUGACUCUUUGAACCAACUUUCGUGUUAAAUGAAUCUGCACAUAUAUUGGUCUGUGUGUGUCCUCAAUAUACUGGGGUCUCGUGCAGCACCAUAUAUAGAUGCCUACAUCAAUGCGGACGGAACAGGAUACAACCCCGGGGUUGAAAUGAACCCCGGGACCCCCGGGACAGAGUUCGAGAUUGGUAACUGGACUGGGGACUAUAAUCUGACUAGUGAUUAUGACGGCGACGACUCGUUACCUCCGGAAUUCCUCUACAAAGUUCCCGGCCACACCACUAACUUAACUGUAGAUAAAAUCAUGGACCUGUUUUUAUUCAUGCCAGACGACGAGGAUGUCUGCUACAUCAAAGACAUGGCUGACUUUGAGGAGUACGGGAGUCAGAAAUACAUGGUGACAAAACCUAACGAAUGUAAUAACACAAAUGACGAUCCUAUACCGGAACGCAUUAAUUUAUCACUUCCGGAAAAAUGCCGACCACUUCCAGUUAAAUGGCUAGACGAGUUUUACUGUGACAAUAACCUCGACCUAGACGAUCCAGAUAUCAUUAAAGCUCUCCGACCGUUCCAAGGUCCCAAGCGUUUUUGUUCCUAUAAAUCCAAGACGGUCCAUACACAGAAAUGUUACACAUGGAAUAAGGGGAAUAAGCUAGUGACAAAGAAAACGCUGGUGUGUCUCCGCUCUAUACAGAUCAACAGUCACCUCAAGUGUAAAAAGGAAGUCACCAACUACCAGUCAGAUAAGGAGUACUUCGUCACAGAGGAACAGCGAUAACAUCUUAUCUACACAAACAACCACUCAAAAACUGAAACACGAGCUCCAGUCGGGCUAAUCCAUGCUACCUAACAUGUAUAUUACACAUCACGUGGUAUCUAACAACCGUGUAUUACGCAUCACGUGGUAUCUAACAACCGUGUAUUACGCAUCACGUGGUAUCUAACAACCGUGUAUUACGCAUCACGUGGUAUCUAAUAUACACAACGUAUGUAUAUUACAAAUCACGAGAUACCUAAUAUAUGUAUUUUACAUAUCACGUGAUACCUAAUAUAUGUAUUUUACAUAUCACGUGAUUGUAUACUUCACAUUAUUUAUUUCUAAUUGGUAGGAUAGUUUUAUUAAGGUGUCAUAUAACGGUUUAAUUUUCAAAAAUAAAUUGAAUUGGACAUAAGACAAACUCGUGGGUAAUUUAUCUUAAAAGCAAAUCACUUUUCAAGAUCACUUGACGCAAUACUCAUUUCUCAAACUAAGUUUAUGAUCCAUAGAAUUGAUGCUCUAUCAAAAGGUACGAGAUACCAUUGAGUUUGUGAUUUAUAUAAUAUAGAACAAAUCAGAGUGAAAGAAAUAAUUAGACAGAAAUAAAGCCUUAGUUCUUGAAACCAAAAUUGUUUAUUUCAAUAGGGGCUGUUCGUUAACAAAGGCAACGUCAAACUUAACUUCGGUGUCCUUUGAAAUGCAUUUGCAGAUGUUAUUCCUUGGUUUCGUUGACUGCAGCUUGACAGUACGAUACCGUUGAAAUAUAAAAUGUGGCUGAAGAAUGUUGCUUAUCAUGUCGAACUAAUGUGAAAUAAAAUCUGGUUGUCACGUC